ACACCCACCCCUCCCCUCUCCGUCCCGUCCUGCAAGUGUCACUUCCAGAGCGGUCGGUGCUCGAUUGGUUUCGUCUGGCUGCAGAAACCAUGGCAGACCAUGAGGAUAUUGUCUCUAUACCUGAAUUCAGCAACCUUCUCCAGACGGACCCUAGCCUCAAAAAGUACGAGGGUGACAUCCGGAGAAGGUAUGAUCUCCUAAAGAAGCAGCUUCUCCUGCUGGAGGAGGCGGAGGGAGGAAUUGACCAGUUCACACGCAGCUACCGGAACUUCGGUGUGCAGCGUUUGCCUGACAACAGCCUCUUUUUCAAGGAAUGGGCUCCAGCCGCUGAGGCCCUGUUCCUUACUGGUGAAUUCAAUGGCUGGGACAAAUUCUCUCACCCUUACUCCAAAAAGGAGUUUGGCAAGUGGGAAUUGAUUCUUCCACCUAAGCCUGACAACUCUCCAGCUGUGGAUCAUAACACCAAGCUGAAGGUGGUAGUUCACACUAAGGAGGGCGAGCGCCUCUACCGGAUCUCGCCUUGGGCAAAAUAUGUGACCAGGGAGGAGAAAUCUGUCGUCUACGACUGGGUUCACUGGGAUCCCCCUCAGCCUUAUGUUCACAUCCAUCCUCGGCCAAAGAAACCCUUGAGCUUGAGAAUUUAUGAAGCCCAUGUUGGUAUCGGGUCCCCAGAACCGAAGGUCGCCUCAUACAAAAACUUCACGCACAAUGUACUCCCUCGGAUAAAAGAUUUGGGUUACAAUUGUAUUCAGUUGAUGGCGAUCAUGGAACAUGCCUACUAUGCAAGUUUUGGAUAUCAGAUUACAAGUUACUUUGCUGCUUCCAGUCGCUUUGGCACCCCAGAUGACCUGAAGGAGCUGAUUGAUGUAGCUCAUUCCAUGGGCAUUGCUGUGCUCCUGGAUGUGGUGCAUAGUCAUGCGUCCAAGAACACAGAGGAUGGCCUUAACGCCUUCGAUGGGUCCGACUCGUGCUUCUUCCACUCACCACCGAGAGGAGAGCACAGUCUGUGGGGCAGCCGCCUCUUCAACUAUGCCAGCUGGGAAGUGCUGCGUUUCCUGCUGUCUAACCUGCGCUGGUGGUUGGAGGAGUACCGCUUCGAUGGCUUCAGGUUUGACGGCAUCACCUCCAUGCUGUACCAUCACCAUGGCAUCGGCACUGGCUUCAGCGGGGACUACAAUGAAUACUUUGGCCUACACGUUGAUGAAGAAUCUUUGGUGUACCUGAUGCUUUCCAAUCACAUCCUCCAUACUCUUUAUCCGGACUGCAUCACUAUUGCAGAGGAUGUGUCAGGGAUGCCUGCCCUUUGCAGAAGAGUGGAGGAAGGAGGACUGGGCUUCGAUUAUCGGCUGGCAAUGGCAAUUCCUGACAAAUGGAUUCAGAUCCUGAAGGAGUUAAAGGAUGAAGAGUGGGACAUGGGCAAUAUUGUCUUCACGCUGACCAACAGGCGAUACGGAGAGAAGUGCAUAGCCUAUGCAGAAAGCCACGAUCAGGCUCUGGUUGGCGAUAAGACCCUGGCCUUCUGGCUAAUGGAUAAGGAGAUGUACACCAACAUGAGCACCCUGAUUCCCAUGUCGCCCAUCAUCGACCGUGGAAUCCAGCUGCAUAAGAUGAUCCGCCUCCUCACUCACGGUUUAGGUGGAGAAGGAUACCUGAACUUUAUGGGAAAUGAGUUUGGCCAUCCUGAGUGGCUGGAUUUCCCCAGAGAAGGCAACAAUCAGAGCUACCACUACGCCCGGCGGCAGUUUAACCUGCUGGAUAUGGAUCAUCUCCGCUACCAUCAGCUCUACGCCUUUGACCGGGACAUGAACCGCACCGAAGACAAGUACGGCUGGCUGGCGGCUCCACCUGCCUACGUCAGUGCCAAGCAUGAAGGGGACAAGGUCAUUGUGUUUGAUAGGGCAAAUGUGCUCUUUAUCUUCAACUUCCACCCCAGCAAGAGCUUCCAGGACUACAGAGUGGGCGUAGAAGCACCAGGAAAAUACAAAAUCAAGCUGGAUUCAGACGGGGUUCAGUAUGGAGGGCACGGACGGCUCGACCACAACACUGAUUUCUUCACUGAGCCCCAACCCUUCAACGGACGCUCCAAUUCGAUGCUGGUCUACAUCCCCUGCAGAACAGCCAUUGUCCUGGCCAACGAGGAGAUAGAUUACUGUUAUUAGAGGAUGAUUGUCUGCCGAGAGACCGGGAUUGAGAACAGAUUCCAAGCUCAAACUGAGUGUUAACCAUCACCUUCAUCUUUAAGUGUAAACCUUGCACACCAGGCAAAAACCUAUUUUUUUUGUCUCCUAAGCCUUUUUCCUGAAUGAAGGGGGUGAAAGAAAGGCGUCGUAAAAUUGUGUGCUUUCAAAAUACCAUCUGUAACCUUAGACAGUGUGUAACCCCAUUUACUUCAGAUUGGUCCAUUUGGGAAGCGUCCAACCUAUCCAAGCAGCUAGAUGCUAAAAAAAUCAAAAACCCUGCCGAGUCCAUCCGACACUAGCCAGCAGCUAUUUCUCGGCUUGGUUGCAUUUGGCCUGUCAUCUGAAAAACACGACCAGAAAGGGUAACGGAGCCAGCACUCGUUUAUUCGAGCAUAAAAGAUCAAAGAAAAUAAGAGCGUCUUAGAUUGUUAGUUGUGUUGAAACAGGAGUGAUUUGUUUAGAUUAAUUUUGUAUUUGGAUAAAAUACAGAAAGAAACGUAGAAUAUUAACUUGAACACAUUAACAUCACAUGUCCAUGUAUGUAACCGCCUGGGACCCGUCUGUGUUCGUUGUUGUGUACCAAUAAAGAAUCACUUACACUAA